AUGCACAGAACUGGUCAAUCUCACCAACCCUCUCGCCCUUGUCAGGGCUCCUCCCUCUCGAUAGAGGACUCGGACUUCUCCGAGAAUCAUCGACUUGCUCCUACGUCUACGGAGCCCCCAGGAGCUGCUCGUGUCCAGACACGCACCAGCGCCUGGAAGGAGGAAGACGGCUUUGAGCCCUUCCUCGACUAUACCAUCGAAUGGGAAUUCGAUGAAGACGAGAGUGGUGAGAGUUUCAACGGCUUGGAUCUCUCAUCCUUUCGUAUGGAGGCUGUUCCUCCAUACCCCAAACACAAGGUCGCAGGCGACUCACUGGCAAGCCUGUACGACCAAAUAUAUCCUUGCACGACCCAGAUGCAACGCCAGUCUUUAUCACGGGCUCAGACACAUGCGUCUUGCUCGGGGGACCGCCUCCGAAUCUACAUCGACCCACGGGGAGAAGGCCCAUUUUUACCUCUUCCACUGCUCAGUGACCCAGUUCCCGAGCCGUCCGCGCCUACGCCUCUCCCUACGCCUCUUGCCGGGUCUUCGUCCUCGACUGCAAGCUCUGGCUCUGAGCCAAAGAGUGAGCACAAUAUUGGCAAGUUGAUUGCCAACAAGGUUCACAGAGCGGCAGCUCAUGGUGCCGAAAAGUACCGCAAGAUCCGACGAAAGCUAAGUCGAGAUUGA